ACAUUCCAAAAACAUGCUAGGUUAAUUAGCCACUCCAAAUUGUCCAUAGGUAUGAAUGUGAGUGUGAAUGGUUGUUUGUCUAUAUGUGCCCUGUGAUUGGCUGGCCAUCAAUCCAGGGUGUACCCCGCCUCUCGCCCCAAGAAGACAGCUGGGAUAGGCUCCAGUACCCCUGCAUACUACUGUACUACUACUACUACUACUACUACUACUACUACUACUACUACCUGUUUUUGCACCAUACUAUUAACAUUCUAUAUGCCUCACAGCCAGGAGACCCGAGUUCAAUUCCACCCUCGGCCAUCUCUGUGUGGAGUUUUGUGUGGGUUUUCUCCGGGUACUCCGGUUUCCUCCCACAUUCCAAAAACAUGCUAGGUUAAUUAGCGACUCCAAAUUGUCCAUAGGUAUGAAUGUGAGUGUGAAUGGUUGUUUGUCUAUAUGUGCCCUGUGAUUGGCUGGCGACCAAUCCAGGGUGUACCCCGCCUCUCGCCCCAAGACAGCUGGGAUAGGCUCCAGCACCCCCGCGAGGAUAAGCGGUAGAAAAUGAAUGAAUGAAUGAAUAAUAGAUAUCAAGGCUACACGGUGGACGAGUGGUUAGCACGCAGGCCUCACAGCCAAGAGACCUGAGUUCAAUCCCACCCUCGGCCAUCUCUGUGUGGAGUUUGCAUGUUCUCCCCGUGCAUGCGUGGGUUUUCUCCGGGUACUCCGGUUUCCUCCCACAUUCCAAAAACAUGCUAGGUUAAUUAGCGACUCCAAAUUGACCAUAAGUAUGAAUGUGAGUGUGAAUGGUUGUUUGUCUAUAUGUGCCCUGUGAUUGGCUGGCCAACAAUCCAGGGUGUACCCCGCCUCUCACCCCCAAAAAAACAGCUGGGAUAGGCUCCGGCACCCCCCGCGACCCUCGUGAGGAUAAUCGGUAAAAAAUGAAAAUAUCGUUGUUAUUCUCCUACUUCGAGUUUUGAUCUUGCUCCUGGUUGGUUUCUCCUUCUUCUUCAGUGCUGCUAUUAGAGUAGGAGUCCGGGUCGGUUCCAAGGACAGUGCCCCCUUGAGGAGAGUACAGUGACACGUCUGGCCGCUUUGCCGGGGCGGGAGGGCCUCCCUUCAUGCCGGCAUUCUGAUGUGCUGACGCUGUUAGAGCCUGGUUGGGACUUCCAUGUCUCUCCGAGGACCAGACUUUUUUCCUUGGCUGAGGUACCGGUCUGGUGGGUUUCUUCACUGAAGUCUGAGGGCUCGAUUGCUUGUCACCUUCUUUAUCCUUUCUAUCUUUCACUUUCACGUAUUUGUUGUUCAAUAGUUCAGCAUCGUCACCCUGCUGUGUUUUCUCCUCCUCUCUCGAUCCUUCGGUUUCUGUUCCCCUCACACGUUUUUGUUCCUUCUCGAGUCCAUCAGUACUGUUCCUGGAGGAGCUGUGCCGGAGAGGUGCAGGAGGCAGAGGGGGUCCGGCUCGAUUCUGCGGUGGGACGGGAGGCCUUAACGGGGGAGGUGACGUCAACAUUGACUUCCUCUCUUCUUUGUCGCCUCCUCCCACUCUUCCUUCAUCCAUUCUGUCCGCUGCAGAUGUCAAAGAAGGUGAACUUUUGUCCAAGGGAGGAGAUGAAAAGAGGAGGCCCGUGCCAGAGCCUGUGCCCAAGCUGGGGGGCCUGGGUGGAGGCCGCUUGAAUUUAGAAUCUCGGCUCGGCGCGGUCUUCAUCUCUGGGGUUUCCUUCUGUAGGGAUUCUCCAUUAAGCAAGGAGAAUACGAUGCUUUCAGGGGUUUCGAUUUUUGCUGCGGAAUCGUCACAGUUUUUGGUUUCCUUGUUGGGUUUCUCCUCCAAAGCGACUGCGUUGACAUACAUGUAAUUAUUGUGGCUCUGAUCCAAAUCCAGAAUCCGGCUCAUCGUCUUCUCAUUCAUAUCUGAUGUCCAGAAGUCUGCAAAAAAAAAAAAUACAGUCAGCAAGCAUAUUUUUGUAUUACUAUUUUUCUUUAUUUUUAGCAUAUUAGCUCUUAAACUCGCCCUCAAAUGUUCAGCAAAUACAAAAUGUGAGCAAGUGAGACCUCUCACACUAACUAUGUUUUUGUUUAUUUGUGUCAGCUCAAAAUAAGAUUUGUUUAUUUACGAUACUGGUUUUAAAUUCUGAAUGUUUGUGAGUAAAAAGCCUAUUUAGGAACAUUAAGAAAUGAUUAUUAUUUAAAAAAUGCACCUUUCCUUCAUGAAAUGUACAAAUGAAAAUACCUAAAACAUAAGGCAACAGUCAUAAAACAUUUCAUCCAAAUUGCAAACAUAAGGUCAUUUAAUUUCUCUUUUAAAACACAUUAAAAUACAUAGAAAUUAAUCAUUAUAUUACAGUAAAUAUUAUUUUAUUACAAUACUCGAACUAUUUCCACAGUUUUUUAAUGUUUAAUGCGAUUUCCGAUUUGUCCUACUUUUUCGACGGUCACUGAACGCACCCACGCACCGAUCUCCGACGCAAAGAGGGCUGUAUGGAUGUAUUUUAGAACGUUUUUGGAUGUAUUUCGCCCCUUUUUCUUUCAUCUUAUACUUGCUCCCGAAUUCUGAUACUAUGUGGGAAUACAUAAAGGUGCUGCACGGGCGAUGUCUCCUGCUUCUCCGGCAAGUGCACGGACAGCGUCAUGUUUUGGUCGUCAGUACUCUCAACCAGGAAUGCCUUCAAGUACCACAGUCAGAGGUUCCAAAGACAAACAGAGAUCAAGAAGAAUAUAUUGCGGAGCGAGAGAGAGAGGAGCGAUAGAGAGAAGAGAGAGAGGAGAGAGGAGGUGGAGAGCCGUACGAGCGUCUGAAAGAGAGGAAAACAACGGUCAAGAUGAAGAUGUGAGACGAGACGAGGGACGGCUUGGGCACGAUUCCGAUGGGCGACUUUGGCCAACAAACAGAAGACAAGCUUUGACUGCAUCCAGUCUUCCGUCUUUCACUGUGUGCCUGCGUUCCAAACGCUCUGGUGGAAUCAAACUCAACCGGCUUUCGUUGUAAUGAAUUGAAGAAAAAUACUAAGCAAGAAGCAUUUUUUUAAUUAGCAAAUAAGCAAAGAACCUAGAAAUUUUUGGGUUGUUUUUUUUUGGGGCCACUAAAAUGUUUGAAAGACAAGACGCCCUCUAACAUAAUCGAGUCUGUUUAGCUCCUCCCAUCGAUAUUAACAACCUUCUUCAAAUUCCGACACCCAAAAGACUUCACGAUUGACCCUUCAAACUUCCCACGUGUCUCCCAUCCACCCUUCCCACCACCGUCGGCCAUCCAACAAAACAUGGGAAAACCACUUAGUCGUCCCGGCUGUUUCCGAAAGAGCUCCUGCUGCCUGGAGAAACAUGGAGUCGGGGAAAGAGUUCGAGGUCGAGAUGGCCUCAUGGAAGCGGGAUACGGCGACGGCUACGUACCGCAACGCUCCAUCUACGAUACCAUGUGCAUUAAUCAACAAAUAGACAACCACCACCAUCACCACCACCACGCAGGGGGGUCCACGCGACGAGACGUUGGAGGCGAAGGGAGUUUUUACUCCGCGAGUGGCUCCCUUCGGGUCAGCAGGGCCCCCCCGGCCGAAAUGUUCGAUUCUCAGCCGUGUUCUUUGACUCCGAACCCUUCGUUUGUUCGCCGUCUGGACGAACGCGCCAUUUACGAUUCGCUAAAUCUCGGUGCUCCGGAUACCGGCGGAUGCUCUUCGCCUGGACAUUUUAACCGUUCAGUUUCUCCGGCCGUGUCCUCGUUUUCGGCUCCAGGAGUGUCGUCAUCAUCAACGUCAUCGAAGAAGCACCCGCAUCACUAUCACCAUCAUCAUGGCGACAGCACAAAGAGCAGAGAUGGCCGCCACUCGUGGAAAGUUCUCACUCCUCCAAAACACUUGGAGUGUUUGGACAUCACAACAAAUGAGAUGAUAGACCGAGGAGGAACAGGAGGGUAUUUGAACCCAGCCCACUAUUCACACCCCGGGGGCCAGUCCUCGUCUUUGACAUCCCCCCUUAUAUCACCCUUCUCCGGGUCACCUCUCUCGUCUGGUUACCAUACUCCGGUCUUCUUCUCGCCUGCAAAACCUCGUCCGAGUCAAAGUCAGAGUCUACGUUGCUCACCUCCGCAUGUCCUCCAACCCCGACAUUAUUCCCAAACGCAGAGCCUAAGAAUGUCCCCGCCUCAUGAGCUCAGACGUUCCCCUUACCGAGCACCGUUGGUCCAACUAUCAGCUCAUGACCUUGAGCUGGACUUAAGAGACCAGGGCGGAUGGGGUCAAAGUGAGCGAGAACGGGAAUGGGAAAGAGAGAGAGAAAGGGAAAUGGAAAGAGGAUGGGCGCAGAGAGAGUGGGAAAGAGAGCGGGAAAGGGGGCGGCUGGAAAGGGAGCGAGCAAGAGAACGGGAAAGGAGGGACACGUCGAGUUUCGGGUCCUUCGGGUACGGGCGACCGGUUCCUUCGGAAAGAGAUUCGGUCUUUUUAGAAACCGAUCACGUUUUAGACACAACGCCUCUUUUGCUGACUCAGUCCGGACCUUCGCCGUCACCGAGCGCCGCCCCGAGAAUGGGUACGAGCGCAGUGGGCAGGAAUAGAGCUGGGUCAAAGGUCGGUUCGGAUUCCGUUGGCGGUAGCGUGGUUUCUAAAACCGACAACGGGAAUAUGUGCCUGGGGUUUGUUGACAGCAAAGCUGGUUGUGGACCAAGACUAGUCAGCGGCGGGGGGAGCAUAUCCGAGGCUGAGAUCAUGAUCGGAAUGCAAGGGAAAAAUCGAGUCGGAAGUUGGGGCAAAUACGAAAAUGGAUCCAAAACUGGUAUUAAAAAUGGCUCUGAAAAACGAAUGGGCUCACAGGUGAAAACAAGACCCGGAGGAAGGGAUUUGGAAGGAAAAGUGGAAUCCGGAGUCCAGGUAGAACAUGUGUCUAAGGCUCCCAACCGGGAAGGACAAAGGGGGGGAUCAAGGAGUGGAGAAAAACUCCUAAGAGGUGUCACCAAACCGGAACCAAUUGCUGAGGCGGUACCAUCAACUUUUCAUGAUGUUGUUCCUGGAGACAAAAACAUUCCCGGAUCUGGGUCUGAUUCGGAAAUGAAACCAGAGAUUAAAACCGGACCUGAGAUUAACGAUAGGUUUGAGAACAAUCCCGGAACAGCUCAAGCUAGUCAGGACUUUAGCUCAACACAAGCGUCAACACCAGAACCUAAACUUGACACGGAGUUAAAGUUUGUGUCUUCAAGUGAACCAGUUCUAGACCUUGGGUCGGUUCAGGAACAGGAGGAUAAAAUUCCGAGUUCCGAGACUACCGUUGAAGAGCACAGAAGCACAAAUAAAACUCCGGUAAAUGUGGAUCUUGGGGAUCAAACUGAAACCACCCCUGCAGAACCGUCUCAGAAAUCCGCUGUGGACUCCAAAAUAAUACCUGGCCCCGUCGGAAAGGGAUCCAAAAGCCAGAAGACCAAAUCAUCGAAAUCCCAUUCCAGAAUUCGACCCGGUACAGCCACAGGUCUCAGACCCGGGGCGCUUAGCCCGAGACUUCGAAAAGGUCUCGCAGACCUGGAGUCCACCGGCCCCGCUGAAGGCAUUGAGUCCACUUGGCCUCGUCGAAUCAUGGUCAGAAAGAGGACGGUUCGUCAGGGUGGUGCCAUCCAUAACCUCCCAAUCCUCCCACCGCUUCCCUCGGUGAUAUCAGCCUUGGAGAAGCGGCGCCCGCACGCCCAUCUCCAUUCCCGCCCGGGUCACCACUCGGAGAACCCGCUUAGUACGGAUCUCACCAUUUUUACAGGCCGAUGUUCUCUGAAAGAGCCGUCCCAUCAGGAACAAGUACAGGGUACAAAUUUAGUGGGAAGAGCUUCUCUGAAAGAGCAGAACCUGGAGCACUGGAGGGUCUACAGAGACCAGGAAGAAUCCAGGAGAUCCAGGAGCAGGGAGAAAGAAGGAGACACGAGUAAGGAGAACAUAAACAAUAACGAGGAUAGAAGAGGAACAGAACAGAUUGACCAAAAUGAGAAGAUUCCCGAUAAAGCCGAGGAAGAAGUUGGGAAGCAAACAGUGGAAGAAAUCAAACAAGAGAAGAUCAAAAUAAGCUCGGAAGAAAAAGUCCAAGACGGCGGAGUCCUGGAAGAAAAUCUCCCGAUCUGCGAGAAAACUGAAAAAAUAAAUCUUAAAGAGGAGAGAACCGCAAUGGAAGUCAAGAAAGAAGAAGAACUCAUGGAAGGAACUCACCGAGGAACAUUCGGAGAGCAACAGGAAGUGGAGAGUUGGGAUUCAGUUCUGGACAUGGUCAACACAUUAUGGGACGAAGGCUGGGAAAAAGGUGGAGCGGUAGGCGGUGAUACGGAUUCCUUAUCGGGUUCUCUUCAACGUUGGCCUCUCCUCCGGCCCCCGGUGGGCUUCGGGGGCUCCCAUCCGCCCUCCUCUGCGGCGUCUGAGCUCAGCUUGACGGAGUUGGAGCGGAGAGCCAGAGAACUGGAUUCUGACUUGGAGCACCUGGAUCUCUCUCAGCCCCGUCGAGACGACCAGGAUGAGUACCAGAGACAGAUGGAGUCUCCAAAGGAGAGAGCUGACACCUACCAAACCCACCCGGGGCCACAGAGAGAGAAAGGGGCCCUUUCAACAGGAGUGAGGAGCAGGUUCCUGGUCAAUCUUGAGCUCAGCUCUAAAGCUCUACUACCUACCACUGACACCGACCCCGACCCGGACCCCGUGGGAUGGUCGACUAAAUCUUCUACUGUGGCUUCUUCUGUUGGCAUAAGCCCGUAUAAAGAGGACAGCUCUCCAGACUCCAACCUAACUCUGGAAUCUGACUCCAGCGGCAUUUUCCUGUCGUCCAAUCAGAGCCAGGAGGAAGGCGGGUCUGACAGCGACCAGCCAAUCAGCGGCUCCGACCUCGGUAGCAGCAGCACGUCACUGGAUAAGGACGACGGAAGUUUAAAAGAAUGGGGCAGGGAGGAGAGUGCUGACCUCCAGUGGUGCUACCCCUCGCUCCUCGACGCCUCCCCGCGCGAUGACGUCGACGGGAAUAGUCAAAUUGAAGAGGAUGCUUGUGGCACGGAAGAGAGUGAUGGGAAUGGAUGGAGGGACGACAAGACAGGAGAAGUGGUUUCAAUUUAUGACACAAAUCUAAAUGAAGCAACGCGACCGAGCAGAAAAGUUACCGUCAUGGCGACUGACCCCCUUCUUCCCGCGUCCCCGUUGAAGCAGCACGUCAAGCAUGUUAUCGAUCCGUAUCAUAAACCGAUUCGAAGCUCAGGACUGGACUGUGGCGACAUCGAUCCAUACGUCCAACCGGAUAGCUUCGUUUACCUUGCCGUGUCCGCCGGACCCCCUGGCGAGAUCCCCAUGGUUACGGAUUUUGCCACCCGUGACAUCAAACAAGAGAACGUGCACCAACACUUUGACAAGAGGAAAUCACACAUGGAACCGGAUGCCAGGCCGUCUCACUUUGUCCCCCAUAAACCGGAGGAGGGAGACUUCUUGUGCACGGACAGCUUCGUCUACCUAGCUGCUCCAGCCUGCCUCCUCUUGGGGCCUGAAGGAUCGACGUCGUACAGCGGAAGGGAGUCAGACUCUGACUCAGACUCUGGUCCCGUUGACGAGUCAGUACUGGGUUGUCCUUCAGUGGCAGGAGACAGCGACUGGGAUUCAGACCUGUCUGACUCGGAUCCCUGUCGCCCCUUCAGAGUCGCCGCUGCCGGGCCCAAAGCCGCCGGGGCGGCGCGACCCAAACGGCGUUGGGACUCCUUUGGAGAUACCGCAGAUCAUAACGCCCCGGAUGAGCCGUUCGCCGAUCAAGACCAAAGCGACAGCAAAGCCACGACGACGGCUACCGGCGAGUCGUCCCACGCGACGACAACAUCGGCCAAUCAGCCUGAGACGGCAUCAAACCCGAGCGAGCUCUCGUCCUCGACCAAGAAGGUCACAUGGCAGUUCAAACCAGCCCAGAGGUCAGUCUGCACGGGAAGCAGGAAGGAGAAGGAAGUGACAUCGUUGGCGAGGAUAACCGAAUUUGGUGGAGGCGGCGAGUACGCGCCCCCGCCAUUGUGCUCAUCACCUUCAUCAUCUUCCUCAUCCUCGUCCUCAUCGGGCUAGUACCUAGCACUUUUUCGGGAUGGAGCUUUUCAACGCCGAAGCUGAGUCGGUUCCAAAAAGGUAGAGUUUCUCUAACGACUUGAACGAUCAUAUUUACAUGAACAUGAAUGUUAUUAAUAUUGUACCUAGCUUAUUCCAUUAUUGCUACAUAAAGCUACAUAAAAAAAAUGUGAUUUGUACAUGACCAAACAUCAGGGGUGUCCAAACGUCCGGUGGAGGUCAAGAAAUGCUUAGAUGUUUUCAGGAGAACCUCCGCGUCAGAGCUUGGUUUUAUAUACGUUUAUGUAUGUGACAAACGGUACAACGCCACAAUCAUCAGUUUUAGUGUGUACCUCGGUUUUCAAGACACCAGUUUCGAGUUCUUGUUUUUUUAAUGCACAAAACUAUUUUUUUUUAUUUAAAAAAAAAAAGUUUUUAUUUUUUUUUAAUUCUUUUUAAUUAUUUUAAUUUUUUUAAUGGUUUAAUUUCAUUUGAACAUGCAUCAGAUUACAAUUGAAUGCAUCCCAUAAUCAGUUCCCAGUUCCACAUGUCCAAAAGGAGUAGGAAGAAGCAAAGCUUAUUAAAUCCUACCCCUCCAUCUGGUACUUUUACAAUCACUAACUGUUACAUUUGUUCACUUCCUGCUUUCCUAAUAUAGUUGAUUUUUUAAAUUUAAUUUUUUAAAUUUAAUUUAAAUUUUACAUUUUUUAAUAAAAAAUUGUUUUAAAUUAAACAUUUAAAAAUUGAAAUUCAAAAAUUUGUUUUUUUAAUUAAUUUUUUUUUAAUGUUUUAAUUUCAUUUGAACAUGUAUCAGAUUACAAUUGAAUGCAUCCCAUAAUCAGUUCCCAGUUCCACAUGUCCAAAAGGAGUAGGAAGAAGCAAAGCUUAUUAAAUCCUACCCCUCCAUCUGGUACUUUUACAAUCACUAACUGUUACAUUUGUUCACUUCCUGCUUUCCAAGUUUCCUAGUUUACUUUUUUUAAUUUAAAUGUUUAAAUUUUUUAAUUAAAAUUUUUUUUUACAUUAAACAUUUAAAAAUUAAAAAUGCAUUUGUUUUUUUAUUACAUUUUUUUUAUGUUUUAAUUUCAUUUGAACAUGCAUCAGAUUACAAUUGAAUGCAUCCCAUAAUCAGUUCCCAGUUCCACAUGUCCAAAAGGAGUAGGAAGAAGCAAAGCUUAUUAAAUCCUACCCCUCCAUCUGGUACUUUUACAAUCAGUAACUGUUACAUUUGUUCACUUCCUGUUUUCCAUAAUACAGUUUAAGUUUUUUUUAAUUUUUUAAUUUUUUUUUUUAAUAAUGUACCUCGUACCAAAGUACUCGGUGAUAUGAGCAUCCAAUGCCAUAAUGGGUACCAUAGUAAGUGUCAAUAUAGUGAUAUAUAUAUAUAUAGCACAUCAUGACUGGUUCAAGACUCUUGUAUCAUCCUUGUAUCCAUAUACAAAGAGCCAAUGAAAAAUGCCCAAAAAUUUAGCAAAAACGGGCCGCACUUUGGACACCCCUGGUUUACGAUGUUUCUUUUUUCGGUAAGUGCAAUGACGAGUGCGAGUGCGACGGCGACGAGACGAUAAAAGACUCAGGUUGAGAUGACGAGGAAAAUACAGCCAAUGGUAGAGUUUGACUUUUAGAACCAUAACAGGGUUUGGUGGAUUGUAUACAUUUUUACAUAUUCUCUUUAUACUCUGUACUUUCUUGUACUGUAUGGGACUAUAAUACGCAUAACAAGGAUCCAGUUUAAAACCAUAUUAGAAAUAUAAAAAGUCGAUAUUAGCCAGUUGAAGGGCGAUCAAAAGGAGGCCGAUAUCUAAAAAUGGAACGUGACUCAGGCCUUUUUAUUUCAUAUAUAUAUAUAUAUAUAUAUAUAUGGAUGUAUUUUACUAAAAAAGUACUCCUUUAGAACAUGACUGUAUUUUAUAGGCGCAUUUAACACGACAAGCGUAUUAAGAGUGUGUGAGCGGUGCGUUUUUUGUGGGUUUUCUAGACGGUAUGCGUUAAAAAAAAAAAAAAAAAAAUAUGCAGACACGGAAGGAUUUAUGAACACAAUGUUUUUAUUUAUCAAAAAAAAUUGUGAAUGUAAUAACCAUUCAGCAAUAUGCUUACAAAUCCAUGCUAUAUUCUACGUGAGACGUGUUUCCUGAGCGAUAUGUGUAAUAAUACUUUACGCUAAGUUUAAUUUUCGUAUGUAUGUAAGUAAUUAUGAAUGCAGUUUUAUGGCGAUAAGUAUCAGAGGUAUUGAACGAGAUCAUGUCUGAAAUGAUGGACAAUGUUUGUCUUAAAAUGAUGGUAUUUUUUAACCAGAGAUUGCUAUAAUUAUUAUCAUUUUAAAGAUUAUUAUUCUAUGUGAUCAGUAUUUGCCUUUCUACGGUGGGAGACGGAAACACAGAAAUGAUCCAAAAAAACAAAACUCAUAACCUCCAUAAAACAGAUUCGAUAAAUUCUCGCAUCACGUAAUAAGCAAUGUGGAUGAAUAAUGUUGCCAGAUAUGAACAUUUUUCUUCUGCAUUUGUGUAUAAUUUGGAUUUAUUUCCUAGUGUUUUGUGGUUUUGGGUUUGGAUCCUUUCUGGGUUCGGAGCGUUUGAAUGUUUACUCUGCCCGGCCGCCAUAUCUUUGACAUUAAUGUAACAACAUGAAGAGUGUUGCUAAUUUUAAAAUCUAUGAAAUAAAUUUCAAUGUUGUUUGCUCUC